CACUGUACAUAAACAAGACGGGAUACUAUGUUGAUAAACCAUCAUGUUUUGUUUCUUGCAAUUUUCUUAACCUCGAGCUGAGUGUAGCUCACAAUGUCCAUCUUAGCUGCGGCCCUAGACCAGAUCAAAGCGGUCAAGCUGGCCUUGGACUAUGUCCGCUCCGUGGAUAAGAACAAGUGCACGGGCGGCACCAACCAGACGCUGACCCUGAUCUUUGACCACAACCCCUGGGUCCAGUACACGGAGCCCGCCCUCCGGACAGCCAACUUCCUGUCGGCCAUGAUGGCGCUAGAGGGGAACUUGUCCCGCAUCACUGACCACAUGUUUUACACAAUGGUGCGGACGAACGUCCACGGGGACACGAUUAUCUACGGGUCGGCCAUCGCGGUAGAGCCCGGGGUGGUGGCCGGCAAACCCAAGUUCUGCCCCUACGCCUACAACAACCGGACCAGCCGGACCGUGACGGCCAUAGACAUCGCCAUCAACUACGACUACCGCACCAACGACACGGAGUGGUACAACGGCGUCGUGCUCAAGGACAGGUCCAACAUCACCAUAGACAGGGACGUCAUCUCGCUCAACCAAACAGACCGGUACGUCUACCAGCCAGUGGCCAGCUAUAACGACGGCUACUGGACCUAUCCGUACUUUGAUUGUGGGGGAGGCAACAUAUGGAUGUCCACAUACUCUGCUCCGAUUAUGUCCCUUGUCAAUGGAACCAUUCACUUUCAGGGCGUGGCCACUAUAGACAUCGAGCUGACCAACCUGGACAUCAACCAGUGUGACCCCAACGGCACGGAAGGUUCCCAGGCCUUCGACAUCUUCCGUGGGACGCACAGUUGCCAGGCAACCACCUACUGCGAACCCCUGCAGCUGGGGUUCCGUGCAGGAUCCUACCUGUGCAAGUGUCUGGACGGCUACUACUUCCCCGACACGUCAUCCAGCCUGAGGGCCUACCGAGGGGCGGACAUCGAGGCGUUCUUCGAGUCCAGCACUGGCUCGGUCACCCCCGGACAGUUCCAGUGCCUGAAGUGUCCCCGGGGGUGCGACACGUGUGUUGAUGCCAGCCCGUGUCUGUUCCAGAUCAACUUUGCCGUCCAGGCCUUCAUGGUCUUCAUCAUCAGCGUCAUGAUCGUCGCCUGCCUCGUCGUUAUCGCCGUCAUCGUCAAGUACAGGAAGGAGUUGGUUAUAAAGACAGCCAGCCCAAUAUUUCUAUUGCUUAUGUGUGUCGGUGCUAUCCUCAUGUGUGCCAGUGUGUUUGUGAUGUACGGCGAGGUGACCACAUUGGCCUGUACCAUACAAAUCUGGCCAUUUAACUUGGGCUUCACAAUUCUCUAUGGAGCUCUUCUGUUAAAAACAUGGAGGAUCUCCGUGAUCUUCAAGGCUGGCGGGGCCACCAAACGCAUCAACCUGCCGGACAAGGCGCUGCUACAGCGGAUGGUGCCCCUCGUCUUGCUGGUGGGCGUCUACCUCACCGUCUGGACGGUGCUGGACCCGCCCAAAGCUUACACCGUCAAAACCUCGUCUGCUCUCAAGUUCUACGUCUGCACCAUGACCUGGUGGAAGUACGCUAUGUUUGGGAUGGAGGCUCUCAUGUUGCUAGUGGGCGUCUAUCUGUGUUUCACGGUGAGAAAAGCGCCAGCGCACUUCAACGAAAGUAAAUUCAUCACGUGGGGCACGUACAACGCCAUCAUCUUGGGAAGCUUCUUACUCAUGUUGACCCAGUUUGUGGGGUUGUCAGGUGGCCCGGAUGUUGUGUAUGUGCUGACCAUGGCCCAGCAGCAGGUGUUUGUCACCAUCACUAUGGGCUUGAUCUUCGCACCCAAGUUCUGGGCACUGUACAAGGGAACUAACCCAGCAGAUAGUACGGUCUACUCCAACCAAAACCUGGUGACCAUCACAGGCCGGGUCAAGCCGCCACUGGUCUCCUCCAGGUUCAACCCCGACCCCACCUCGGCAUCCAAGGCUGUCCAGUGUAACCCUGAGGAUUUCUUUCUCAUAUGUGGACCCCAGGAAGACAAUCUGCCACAUUCCACAAAGUUCUCAUCCAAAGUCACGCCCAUGAACGGAGAACUGAGGUUUCAACUGGAGAAAAAUGGGGGCUGUCACCCCGUGACAACAGAGACAUAGCACCAGUGACAGCAGACACAUGACAUCUAGUCACUAACUGAUCCAGAUGACAUCUAGUCACCAACUGGUCUAGAUGACAUCUAGUCAACAACUGGUCAAGAUGACAUCUAUUCACUAACUCGUAACAUGACAUCCAAUACCCAUUUACCUUCCUGCAAUCAAGUAAUGUCCUGUGCCUACAAUACAAAACUUCUCCAACUUUUAUUUGGAUUUUAUGGAGAUGUUUACUUUCUUAUAGUAUUUAUGUAAUUUCUUGUAGUAGGCCUACUGUCUACUUGUAAUCAUCUUGUAUUGUAGUCUGUCCUCUUGAAUACAAACCUUUUUAAUGUUGUACGUAAUUGUAGUAGUGGUAAUUGUACCAUCACUCAGAGGAAGUGCUGGGCUAUCUCUAUUAUUAUGUUGUUUGUGUAUAUAGAAAAUUUGUUAGAGGCUUCUUUUUAAAAUGGUCCUUUUACAAACAUGUACAUUUUAUAUUUACAUUAUUUGUUUCAUUUAAAAAAUGCUCAUGCUGUUAAAAAAGGUGAAUGUAUAUUUUGUAAUUACAUUUUUUGUUUCAUUUGAAAUGGUGUUACAUGCAAUGUUUUGAUGCAAUUUCAGCAAUGUAAAAAAAACCCAUGUAUAAAUUGUAGGUAUAUAGUUGUAAGAGAAUAUUUGAUUUGAUAAUUUGAUCUGUCAUUUAAGAGAAUAUUUGAUUUGAUAAAGUUGAUCUGUGGUUUAAGAAAAUAUUUGAUUUGAUAAAGUUGAUCUGUGGUUUAAGAAAAUAUUUGAUUUGAUAAAGUUGAUCUGUUGUUUAAGAAAAUAUUUGAUUUGAUAAAGUUGAUCUGUUGUUUAAGAAAAUAUUUGAUUUGAUAAAGUUGAUCUGUGGUUUAAGAGAAUAUUUGAUUUGAUAAAGUUGAUCUGUGGUUUAAGAAAAUAUUUGAUUUGAUAAAGUUGAUCUGUUGUUUAAGAAAAUAUUUGAUUUGAUAAAGUUGAUCUGUGGUUUAAGAGAAUAUUUGAUUUGAUAAAGUUGAUCUGUGGUUUAAGAAAAUAUUUGAGUUUAAUAUGAAAAUGUCAAUCUGUGUUUAUAAGACUAUAUAUUUAUUUGAGUUAAUACAAAAAAUGUUUAAAUUUGUAUGAAAAUGUUUUCUGAGUAAUGCUUAAAAAUAAACUUUUAAUAUUUUAGGAAUUUUUAUCUUGAAAUAAAAAUCAUUUCUUAAACUUCUGUUCACUGAGAGUUAGGUUAUAUCCUUCAGCAGACUUGACCC